AUGGCCACAGUUGUGCUCGGGUCGCAAUGGGGCGACGAAGGCAAAGGCAAACUGGUCGACAUUCUUUCCGCAGAGUUUGAUAUAUGCGCUCGUUGUGCUGGUGGAAACAACGCCGGCCACACCAUCGUGGUUCCGAUUAAUGGAGAGAAGAAGUCGUUUGCUUUUCAUCUCUUGCCCAGCGGUCUUGUAAACCCUGGCUGCACCGGUAUCGUUGGAUCUGGCGUUGUGAUACACAUUCCUUCGUUCUUUAAAGAAUUAGAUGAUUUGCAAGCACAAGGACUGGACUGCUCCAACCGCUUGUUUGUAUCGGAUCGUGCUACGCUUGUGUUUGACUUUCACCAAAUUGUCGAUGGGUUAAAGGAAGUGGAGUUGGGUGGCUCCAGCAUUGGUACCACCAAGAAGGGUAUUGGCCCAGCGUACUCAGGGAAGGCGUCACGAUCCGGUCUACGGGUUCACCACCUUUUCGAUCACGAAACAUUCGCCACCAAGUUCAGAAAGCUCGUCGAAGGUCGAUUCAAACGUUAUGGCCACUUCGAGUACGAUACUGAAGGCGAAAUUCUGCGUUACAAGGCACUUGCAGAACGCCUAAAGCCCUUUGUGGUUGACAGUCUCGUAUACAUCCACAAGGCCAUCGGCUCCGGAAAACAGGUAUUAGUGGAGGGUGCCAACGCUCUGAUGCUGGACAUCGACUUUGGGACUUAUCCGUUCGUUACAUCGUCAUCUACCGGCAUAGGUGGUGUGUGCACUGGACUUGGUCUCCCGCCCAAGUUGAUCAAGAAGACCAUCGGCGUCAUGAAAGCGUAUACGACCCGUGUGGGCGGUGGUCCAUUCCCCACAGAACAAUUGAAUGAAAUCGGUGUACACCUUCAAGAAGUCGGCCGAGAGUAUGGCACGACGACAGGCCGACGAAGACGAUGCGGGUGGCUUGACCUUGUUGUAAUGAAGCACUCUUACAUGAUCAACGGGUACGACGCUUUGAAUUUGACUAAACUUGACGUUUUGGACGACCUGGGCGAGAUCAAGAUCGGAGUCAAGUACUUAGUGGAUGGUGAAGAGUUGCCUGGGUUCCCUGCCGAUCUUGACACCCUUGCCAAAGUUGAGGUUACCUACGAGACACUUCCUGGAUGGAAAGCCGACAUUUCAUCCGCCCGAACAUACGAAGAAUUGCCAGAGAAUUGCAGAGCUUACAUUGAGUUCAUGGAGCGAUUUGUGGGGGUUCCCAUCGAGUGGAUAGGCGUCGGUCCAGCGAGGGAAAGCAUGAUAAAGAAUAAUGACCAAGUGAUCGCAAUCCUGAUCCUGAAGUUGAGUCUUUGGGACGAAAUAUUCUCACGCUCACUCUCCCUCCAUCUCCAUCCCGUUCCUACCAUGGCUGCACAAACGGACGUAACGACGGUGAACGGCAACACCGACAGCCUGAAAGCAAACGGGAAGCAAAUCAAGUCGAAGAACCAGCUACGCAGACUCAAGGCGAAGCAAAAGAAGGCCACGCAGCAGCCUGGUGACGACACUGCAGAUGUGAAGCCGGAAGUGAAAAAGGAGGAGUCGGAGACGGCUUCACAAAACAUUGAGUACGUAUCUGAGCAGUUGGAUGUCUCCAACGCUGCCCUCGAAGCUUUCUCCGACGUGUUUGCCCGCUUCCAGCUGCCCUCUGAAGAGUCUUCAGGUAGAGACAGCGAACCUACGAAGGGAGAGAUCAUCUACUCGGAUGACGAUAUGGCAUCGGAGGCGGACUCGGAGACAGCCAAGAAACCUCUUUCAAAGAAGAAGAAGCGCAAAAUGGCCCGUCUGACCGUUGCCGAACUCAAGCAACUGGUCAAAAAGCCUGAAGUUGUCGAAUGGACGGACGUGACGGCCGCUGACCCGCGUCUACUUCUGCACCUGAAGAGCUACCGCAAUACAGUUCCUAUUCCUAUUCAUUGGAGCGCAAAACGAGAUUAUCUGCAGGGAAAGCGCGGAAUAGAAAAGCCCCCUUUCCAACUACCCUCGUACAUCGCUGAUACUGGGAUAGCUACUAUGCGAGAUGCCGUGAAAGAGAAGGAAGCCAACAUGUCCUUAAAGGCCAAGACGCGCGAGAGGGUACAACCGAAGAUGGGCAAGGUCGACAUAGACUAUCAGAAACUUCACGACGCCUUCUUUAAGUUUCAAACAAAGCCUCCGGUUACUGGCUUUGGCGAAAUGUACUACGAAGGAAAAGAGUUCGAAACUUCUCUGAAAGAGAAAAGACCCGGUGAUCUAUCCCCAGAGCUCGUCGAAGCACUAUCAAUACCUCCAUUAGCUCCCCCUCCAUGGUUGAUCAGCAUGCAGAGAUUUGGUCCUCCGCCAAGUUACCCAACACUACGCAUCCCAGGUUUGAAUGCACCAAUUCCAGAAGGUGCGCAAUGGGGCUUCCAUCCCGGAGGGUGGGGUAAACCACCGCUAGAUGAGUAUAAUCGUCCGCUAUAUGGUGAUGUGUUCGGUGUGCUACCCAAGGCCACGGAUUCUGGAAUGGGCGAGCCCGUAGACAAGAAUCCUUGGGGAGAGCUUGAGCCUGAAGAAGAGGAGGAAGAGGAGGAGAGUGAAGAGGAAGAGGAGGAAGAGGAAGCCGCCGAACCAGCUCCCGUUGACGGCCUCCAAACACCUUCAGGUAUGGAGACACCGUCGGGUAUGGCCAGUGUUGUCUCCACUGUUGCCGGAGGACUCGAAACGCCCGACUUCUUGGAGCUGCGGAAGAAUUCUGUCCGCUCCGCUCCCGAAGCUACUGAGUCGGGUCCUCGCUCGCUGUACCAAGUUGUUCCUGAGAAACAGACAUCCAUACGAGGCUUGAUGGGCAGUGAACGUGGGUACGAUGUCAGCGGUGUUUCUGGCGCUCCAAUACCCGUGCUUGGUGAUGAUCGUGGAACCAAGCGCAAGGCUAACGGUAUCGACGUCUCCAUCGACGCUUCCGAGCUGGAGGGGCUUUCGGAGGAAGAGUUGCGUAGGAAGUAUGAGCAGCAUUCGAAAGGGUCGGCGGGACUGCCCAACAGGGAAGAUUUCUCCGACAUGGUGGCGAAGGAAAUGGCCAAGAAGAAACAAAAAAUGGAUCGCGACCGCGAGCGAGAUGGGAAGAAGGGCAAGGAGUUUAAGUUCUGA